AUGGCGAUUGCAGUUCAACCUCAACAGCCACCUCCAAGGGCAAAUGGUAUUGCCACCUCAACUUAUUUCGGUGGGAAUGAGACUGAUCAUCAAGCUUUGUUGGCCUUCAAGAGACAGAUAACACGUGACCCUGAAAACGUUUUCAGCUCUUGGAAUGAUUCCCUCCAUUUCUGCGAGUGGGAAGGUGUUACUUGUGGCCGCAAGCAUAGAAGAGUCACUGUAUUAGAUCUGAGUACCAGAGGUUUGGUGGGUUCCUUGUCUCCAUACAUAGGCAACCUCAGCUUCAUUAGGGAAAUAGUGCUGGCAAACAACACCAUUGGAGGCAAAAUCCCUGAUGAAGUUGGCCGUCUAUUCAGGUUGCGUGUAUUGAGGUUGACUAAUAACUCCUUCCAAGGGGAAAUUCCUGCAAACCUUUCCCAUUGCUCCAACAUUAAGAUUCUUAGAGUCGGAUUCAAUGACCUUUCGGGAUCAAUCCCAAAGGAGCUUGCUUCUUUAUCAAAGCUGGAGUUUCUUGCUGUUACCGACAACAAUCUCAGGGGAGAAAUCCCAUCUUUCAUUGGGAACUUUAGCUCUCUCCAAGUUUUAUUUGCACCUGGAAAUAAACUCUCUGGUUUGAUCCCUCUAUCUUUAUAUAAUCUUUCGUCUAUUACUAAAUUAAGCUUGUACGACAAUAAGCUUAGUGGAAGUCUUCCUACAAACUUAUUCCUCACCCUUCCGCAUCUCCAGUGGUUUCUAAUCUUUGAAAACCAAUUUACCGGAUCUCUUCCACUCUCAUUAUCUAAUGCUUCAGAGCUACAAUACUUAGAAGUUGGCGCAAACAAUUUUACGGGAAAAAUUUCAGUCAAUUUUGGAGGCCUGCACCGUUUGGAGUCAUUAUUAAUUGCUGAAAGUAAUUUAGGUAGUGGAGAUGAUGAUGAAAUGAAUUUCAUUCAAUCUCUAGUCAAUUGUAGCAGUUUACAUCAAAUAGCUCUUUCAGGGAAUCAACUCAAAGGUACGUUGCCUAAUGUUUUGGGUAAUCUUUCAACCCAGCUUACCUUUUUUACAAUUGGUGAAAAUCUUCUUUUUGGAGAGAUCCCUAUAGGGAUGGGUAAUUUGGUCAACUUGACAACCUUAUUGAUGAGUGGUAACAAGUUUUCAGGGACAAUCCCAGACGAUAUUAGCAGUCUUAAAAAGUUACAACGAUUAGAUUUAUCUAACAACAAACUCUCAGGAAUGUUACCAAUUACCCUCGGAAACCUAACAUCAUUAAAUGAACUGCACUUAGGAAGUAACAAAUUGCAAGGAACUAUCCCAUCAAGUAUAGAAAAUUGCCAAAAUUUGUUGCUGUUAGAUCUUUCACAAAACAAUCUCACAGGCAUCAUUCCAAAGCAACUCUUUGCAGUUUCCAUGCUGUCAAUUAGACUUAGUUUAGCUCAAAACUUUUUCAUAGGAUCACUACCUUCUGAGGUUGGCAAUCUUGUCCAUUUAUAUAAUCUGGACUUAUCUGACAACAAGUUGUCUGGUAAAAUUCCAAGCAGCCUAGCCUCUUGCACAAGCCUUGAGUACCUUUACCUAGAGGGUAAUUUAUUUCAAAGAGAAAUACCAACAUCCCUGAGUUCUUCGAGGGGUAUUCAAGUCAUGGAUCUUUCUCGGAACAACUUCUCUAGUCAAAUUCCAAAUUUCUUGGAGAAACUCUCCCUCAAGAAUUUGAAUUUAUCCUUCAAUGAUUUUCAGGGAGAGGUUCCAACAAAAGGGGUUUUCGCAAAUGCUAGCGCAAUAUCACUCAUUGGAAAUAGUAGAUUGUGUGGGGGCAUAUCGGAACUAAACUUGCCGAGGUGCUUAGCAAAAGAAGAGAAGAAAAUAAAGUGGCCCUUUACAGUCAAAGUGGCAAUCUCAAUGGCAUGUGUGAUUUUGGUAAUAACCAUAGUGUCAUUUUUCUUAUUUUAUUGGCGCAAAAAUAAAAGAAAUGAUAAUUCUUCAGAAUCUUCCUUGAAGCAAUCAUUUUUGAGAGUGUCUUACCAAAUGCUCCUUAAAGCAACUGAUGGAUUUUCAUUAGCAAAUUUGAUUGGUGUUGGUAGUUUUGGCUCAGUGUAUAAAGGCAUCCUUGGUGACGAUAGAUCAAUUGUUGCAAUUAAGGUACUAAAUAUUCAACGUCAAGGAGCUUCCAGGAGCUUCGUCUCCGAGUGUGAAGCCUUGAAAACUAUUCGUCACCGAAAUCUUGUGAAGAUCAUAACUUGUUGCUCAAGUGUGGAUUUUCAUGGCAAUGAUUUUAGGGCUCUAGUUUACGAGUUCAUGCCAAAUGGAAGUCUAGAAAAUUGGUUGCAUAUGGAUCUAGAAACAAAUAUCAUGCAGGUAGAGAUACUAAAUCUGAACAUUCUUCAAAGAACAAACAUUGCCAUUGAUGUCGCUUGUGCACUUGAUUACCUACACCACCAUUGCCCAAUGCCAGUUGUUCAUUGUGAUAUAAAGCCAAGCAACAUUCUUUUCGAUUGUGAUAUGAUUGCUCAUGUUGGAGAUUUUGGGCUUGCGAAGUUUCUUUUAAGACUUACCAAUUUGAAAGAAAGUAGUUCGAUUGGAAUAAGAGGAACAAUUGGGUACACCCCUCCAGAGUACGGUUUAGGAAGUGAGGUGUCAACCAAAGGAGAUGUGUACAGCUAUGGAAUUUUAUUGUUGGAGAUGAUAACAGGAAAGAGACCCACAGAUAGUGUGUUUGAGGGAGGCCUUAACCUUCACAACUAUGCUAGCAUGGCCGUACCAGACGGUGUAAUGGAAGUUGUGGAUCCAAAACUUUUAAAUAAUGUUGAUGAAGUUCUUAGAAAUCACAAUGGUUGCCUUGCAAAUAAAAUAAAGGAGUGUUUGAUAUCCAUGGUCAAGGUCGGAGUGGCAUGCUCUAUGGAGUUGCCACAAGAACGAUGGGACAUUAGCAAGGCCAUCUCUGAGUUGCAUUUGGUUAGGGACAUUAUUCUUGGUGCUAGGAUUUAG